GGGGCCGGGGCAGCGCCGGGGUCGCCCCCGAAGCCGGCUGCCCUCGAAGGAGGGGCAGGGAAGGAGGGAAGGAGGCAUCGCGACAUUUUUCCACUCCGCGUCGCUCCGCUCGCAGCCAGGCAGUGCGCAGGGGCUGGGCAGGCCGGCUCGGCACGGCUCCCGGCCUUCGCUAUUUAUAAUCCCCAUCGCCUCCUCCGGCCGUUCUUCCGCGCGAGGAGAGCCCGGAGAGAGCGGCUCCCGGAAAGGAGAGCGACCGCGGAGCUCCGCCGAACGGGGAUGCUGAGGGCGAUGCCCCGCUGAGCAUCGUUUCUCCGGGAUCGGGGUGGGAAAAGCAUCGCGAUGCCGAGGAACAGGGAUUUCUCGGAGCCCGAGUACUCGGCCGAGUACUCCGCCGACUACUCGGUGAGCCUGCCGUCGGACCCCGAGCACGCCGUGGGCCGGACCCACGAGGUGACAGUGCGCAGCUCGGGGCCGUGCCUCUGCCUGCCCCGCUUCAUGCGCCUCACCUUCGCUCCCGAGUCCCUGGAGAACCUCUACCAGACCUACUUCCGUCGGCAACGCCACGAGACCCUCCUGGUGCUGGUGGUCUUCGCAGCCCUCUUCGAUUGCUACGUCCUCCUCAUGUGCACCACGGUCUACGCCGCCGACAAGUUGGCCCCGGCCUUGGCAGCGGGGACCGGCUUGGCUGCCCACGUGUUGCUUUUUGCCCUCUGCAAAUACAGGCUGCUACCCGAGCGCGCCGCCCGUCGCUUCCUGCCCUACGUCCUCUGGGUCCUCAUCUUGGCCCAGAUCUUCUGCUACUUGGGCCUCAACUUCUCGCGUUCGCCCGAGGCCAGCGACACGGUGGGCUGGCAGGCCUUCUUCGUCUUCUCCUUCUUCAUCACGUUGCCGCUGCGCCUGGCGCCCAUCGUGCUCAUCACCGCCGUGUCCUGCGGCGUCCACACGCUGGUGCUCGGCGUCACCGUCGCCCAACAGAGGCAGGAUGCCCUGGAUGAGGGCACGCUGCUGAGACAGAUCCUGUCCAACAUUGCCAUCUACCUUUGUGCCAUCACGGUGGGCACCAUGUCCUACUACAUGGCUGACCGCAAGCACCGCAAGGCCUUCCUGGAAGCACGGCAGUCCCUCGAGGUCAAGCUCAACCUGGAGGAGCAGAGCCAGCAGCAGGAGCGGCUGAUGCUCUCCAUCCUACCCAAGCACGUGGCAGAUGAGAUGCUGAAGGAUAUGAAGAAGGACCCGAGCCAGAAGGAGAUGCAGCAGUUCAACACCAUGUACAUGUACCGCCACGAGAAUGUCAGCAUCCUCUUUGCAGACAUCGUGGGCUUCACGCAGCUCUCCUCAUCCUGCAGCGCCCAGGAGCUGGUGAAGCUCCUCAACGAGCUCUUCGCCCGCUUCGACAAGCUGGCAGCCAAAUACCACCAACUGCGCAUCAAGAUCCUGGGUGACUGCUAUUACUGCAUCUGUGGGCUGCCCGACUACCGGGAGGACCAUGCUGUCUGCUCCAUCAUGAUGGGGCUUGCCAUGGUGGAAGCCAUUUCUUACGUGCGGGAAAAGACCAAGACAGCGGUGGACAUGCGUGUGGGAGUGCACAGCGGGACGGUGCUGGGCGGCGUGCUGGGCCAGAAGCGUUGGCAGUACGACGUGUGGUCCACCGACGUCACCGUGGCCAACAAGAUGGAGGCAGGUGGCAUCCCUGGGCGUGUGCACAUCUCACAGAGCACCAUGGAUUGCUUGAAGGGCGAGUUCGAGGUGGAGCCAGGCGAGGGUGGCUCUCGCUGCGAGUACCUGAAGGAGAAGGGCAUUGUCACCUACCUCAUCGUGGUGCCCAAGCAGCCUCUACGCAACGGCAUCAAUGGGGUGAAGCUGUCACUGACCUCAUCCCAUGGAGGCUCCCCGCUGCUCAUCAACACCAAGGAGCGCAACGGCAGUGCCAGCUUGGCGCGCACCAGCCCUGAGGAACCCGAUGAGUCCGACGCCAGGGUGAGGGGCACCCUGGAGAACGGGGAGGAGGAUGGAGAGGCUGUGAACCCAUCCUUCCCCAACCCGCGGCGCCGGCUGCGGCUCCGGGACCUGGCUGAGCGGGUAAUCGACGCGUCGCAGAAUGAGCAGGAGCUCAACAAGCUGCUCAACGAGGCCCUGCUGGAGCGCGAGUCUGUCCAGGCGCUGAAGGGGAAGAGCACCUUCCGGCUCUCCAUGCGCUUCAUUGACCCUGAGAUGGAGACGCGCUACUCAGUGGAGAAGGAGAAGCAGAGUGGUGCUGCUUUCAGCUGCUCCUGUGUUGUCCUUUUCUUCACUGCCUUGGUGGAGGUCUUCAUCGACCCUUGGUUGGUGGCCAACUAUGUGACCUUCGCGGUGGGGGAGAUCCUGCUGCUCAUCCUUACCCUCUGCUCGCUGGCUGCUAUUUUUCCCCGGGUCUUCCCCAAAAAGCUCGUGGCCUUCUCCACCUGGAUUGACAGGACUCGCUGGGCACGCAACACCUGGGCCAUGGCUGCCAUCAUCAUUGUCACCAUGGCUGAUAUUGUGGACAUGCUCAGCUGUCAGCAGGACUACAGCAGGACAAGCAACGGGACGGUGGUGCCACCACGGCCAGGCGGCUGUUGGGAGCAGCCCAAGUACUACAGCUACAUCGCCGUGCUGGCUCUGGUGGCCACCAUCAUGCUGGUGCAGGUCAGCCACAUGGUCAAGCUGACUCUCAUGGUGCUGAUCACUGGGGCAGCCGGCACUGUCAACAUCUACGCCUGGGAGCACAUCUUCGAUCAGUACGACCGGCGCCGCAGCCAGCAGAGCAUCAGGUCCUCGCUGGUCCCCUCCAAGUACUCCAUGACAGCCAUGAUCUUCAUCGUGAUGCUCAGCUUUUACUACUUCUCUCGCCACGUAGAAAAGCUGGCCAGGACACUCUUCCUCUGGAAGAUCGAUGUCCACGACCAGAAGGAGCGAGUCUAUGAGAUGCGGCGCUGGAACGAGGCUCUUGUCACCAACAUGCUGCCUGAGCACGUGGCCCGGCACUUCUUGGGCUCCAAGAAGCGGGACGAGGAGCUGUACAGCCAGUCCUACGAUGAGAUCGGCGUCAUGUUUGCUUCUCUCCCCAACUUUGCUGACUUCUACACAGAGGAGAGCAUCAACAACGGGGGCAUCGAGUGCCUGCGGUUCCUCAACGAGAUCAUCUCUGACUUUGACGCACUCCUGGACGAACCCCAAUUCCGGUGUAUCACCAAGAUCAAAACCAUCGGCAGCACCUACAUGGCCGCGUCUGGAGUGACUCCUGAUGCCAACACCAACGGCUACAGCACCAAGAAGGAGACCCUCUCGGAUAAGGAGCGCUGGCAGCAUUUAGCUGACCUCGCCGACUUUGCCUUGGCCAUGAAGGUGACACUGAUGAACAUCAACUACCAGUCCUUCAACAACUUCAUGCUGCGCAUAGGCAUGAACAAGGGAGCUGUGCUAGCAGGAGUCAUUGGUGCCCGCAAGCCACACUACGACAUCUGGGGCAACACAGUGAACGUGGCCAGCAGGAUGGAGUCCACUGGUGUGAUGGGGAACAUACAGGUGGUAGAGGAGACGCACCUCAUCCUGAAGGAGUACGGCUUCCGCUUUGUACGCCGUGGGGCCAUCUACGUCAAGGGCAAAGGGGAGCUGCUCACUUUCUUCCUCAAGGGCCGGGAGAAGCAGGGCUCCUUCGUCAACGGCUCAUCCGUCACCCUGCCCCAUCAGGUGGUAGACAGCUCUUGAGGGCCUGGCUCCUGCCAGCCAGCACAGCCACCGUCUGCCCAGCACCCAGAGGGGUGGCCAGGGGGGCCCAGUGCCCAGCACCACAGCCGGCGGGGAC